GAAGUAAAACCCUCUCACGCUCACUCAGGUCCUCUCUUUUCUGCUCCUUUCUUCUUCUUCUUCAGGCAUUGCUAUCGGAGCUAUCUCCGUCGAAUGGGUAGCCAAGCAGCGGCUUCGUUCCUCACGAACAUUGCACGCGCGGCCUUCGGUCUCGGUGCCGCUGCAACCGUCCUUAAUUCCAGCCUCUACACCGUCGAUGGUGGCCAACGUGCCGUUCUCUUCGAUCGUUUCCGGGGCAUUCUUGACGAAACAGUCGGCGAGGGAACACAUUUCCUCAUCCCUUGGGUCCAGAAACCUUACAUUUUCGACAUUCGCACACGCCCUCACACCUUCUCUUCAGUCUCUGGCACCAAGGACUUGCAGAUGGUCAACCUAACCCUCCGUGUCCUCUCUCGUCCCGAAACGUCUCGCCUCCCUGUGAUAAUCCAGAAUCUUGGUCUCGAGUAUGACGAGAAGGUUCUUCCUUCAAUUGGAAAUGAAGUAUUGAAAGCAGUGGUUGCUCAAUUCAAUGCUGAUCAGCUCCUGACGGAGCGUCCCCAGGUCUCGGCUUUUGUUCGCGAGAGUUUGGUACGGCGAGCUAAGGACUUCAACAUAGUUCUUGAUGAUGUCGCAAUUACGCAUUUGUCAUAUGGUGCUGAGUUUUCAAGGGCCGUGGAGCAGAAGCAGGUGGCCCAACAAGAGGCAGAGAGGUCCAAGUUCGUGGUGAUGAAGGCGGAGCAGGAAAGGAGGGCUGCCAUUAUUAGGGCUGAGGGAGAGAGCGAAUCUGCUAAGCUAAUUUCAGAUGCAACAGCGGCUGCCGGUACGGGGCUGAUUGAGCUUAGGAGGAUUGAGGCUUCUAGGGAGGUGGCUUCCACUUUAGCCAAGUCGCCUAAUGUAUCCUACCUUCCUGGUGGGCAGCAAUUGCUCAUGGCUCUUAACCCUUCACGGUGAUGCUGGUGGUAAUAGCAGACUGUUUUUGUCCCUUUUACAUGUUGGCUCGUUUUUUCCCUUUUUAAUAUUUUGUUUUUCGGGAACAGCUAGUUGUUGAUGGAGCCCAAUGGAGUCGUGUAACUUCACAUAGUGAGAUAAAGUUCGCUGUUGUUGUUUUUCUCCCCCCUUCCUCUGGAUGCCCGUCUUUCUGAU